AUCAAUUCGUCUCUGUGAUUCAAGAGCGUCUCUUUCGCAUUCUCUGUAGGGUUUGUUCACCGAUCUUGUUUUUAGCUCUCUGUAAUGGAGAAGGGGGUCAGAAGAUGGCUCGUUGAUAUAUCUAAGUGGAAUCCUUCUCGGGAUGAGUUCUCCUUCCUCGUUUCUCUCUUUCCUCCUAACGAACACUCCUCCAUCUUCAGGUUUGUAAAAUUUGAGGAUAGAAAAAGGGCAAUUGUCAGCCGGUUGCUUCAAUAUUCACUCGUAAACGAAGUAUUGGGAAUCCCAUUUAAUGAGAUAAUUAUAAGGCGCACCAUUGAAGGCAAACCUUAUCUGGAAUCUGUUAAAGAAAACUCGGAAUUCCCCAAUUUCAAUUUCAAUGUAUCCCAUCAUGGAGACUACGUGGGAAUAGCAUCUGAACCACUCUGCAUUGUGGGUUUGGAUAUCGUUUCUCAUUUCAUUCCUAGGAAAGAAACACCUCCUGAAUACCUUGCGAACUUUUCACCUUACCUUUCAAGGUUAGAGUGGGAUAGUAUCAUCAGCGCUGGUACUAGCGAUCUAAUGUUGGGUGAGUUUUACAGAUAUUGGUGUUUGAAAGAGGCAUUUAUCAAGGCCAUAGGAGCUGGGGUAGGUUUUAGGUUGGACAGGCUGGAGUUUCAUCACACUGAUUGGAGCGACAUAUCAGUCCAUAUUGAUGGGGAGGAAUCGACAGAAUGGAAAUUUUUCCUUUUCGAGUUAGGAGGCAAACAGCAUUAUGUUUCUGUAGCAAAGGGUCACCCAAGAAUGGCCAAUAAGAGUUACAAGCAAACUUUGAAGGGUUCAGAGUUUGAAUAUGAUGAGUAUUAUUUAGGUCUUCAGCUUCCUAAUACAGGUUUUGUGUCUCGUACAAUAGAACAAUUAAUUCCAGACUCCCACUCAGUAAGUUAUAAUAUCCAUCGCAGUAGAAGUGAACAUGAUGUAACUGAAGCUUAAGACCAGUUCAUACUUGAGAGCAAAACUGUAAUUGAAGUGUGCUUCUUUAACUUUUUGCAUGGUUGUUGAGUUUUGGAUACAUACAGCAAAAUAA